AUGAGGUUCACCCUGAACACAGCUUUAAAAGCGGCUGAACAGUGCCUCAUUUGCAUCGAAGAGUUACACAGGAUAGGCUUUCUACACCGCGACAUUAAGCCGGGAAAUUUCGCCAUCGGUCGACCAGAAGCAAAUGAACAUCACAUCAUAUUCAUGCUCGACUUCGGCCUCUGUCGAAAAUACCAAGAAAAGGUCAUUCUCUUGCACGUUUUCGCUGAGCUGAAAAUAGUCGAAACAUUACGACUCACAGCAGGCCUUGUCGGAUGA